GCAUCAACAGCCACAAUGAAUGAUCUUCCAUCGAGAUCAAAGAGAUCAACCGAGACCUUGGCCAUUAGCUCUUUGGCAAAGAGAGUGAGAGUGAGAGCUCUUUGAGGAGAGGCUCAUUUGGUUAAGUUGGGAGUUCGGCAAUACAUGAAGAGCAGGAAGAUAGUCGUGCCUUGAUUUCGUUUGUAAUUCCUGGCCAAACAUACAUUUGUUUCCCAAGCUCAAUCGUUUUGGAGAUUCCAGAGUGAGAAAUAUGUAAUAAUGUAAUAUUUUUUUUCGGACUUCCUUACCGCUACCAGGAUUGGAAUCCCAGCAGUUCAAGACGAGAAGAUUAUUCAUUUUACUUGACUUUUAUUUAUAUAUAUUAUUUGAUCGCCCAACGAAUUGGAGUUGGCUGAUCUGGCUAAUCCUUGAAUAUAAGGUUGAUCCGGAAUUUUAGUCAAAAACUUGUCCAAGUCUAACUUAAAUCUUGCCACUGGAUCAACGCCUACAUAAGCCCUACGAUAAUUUGAACGCAGCAAUUUGUACAAUGAAGGAGCCCGAGAAAGAAGAGAGUUGAACUUCACUGCUCAAACUAGCCUGAAUUCUCGAGGGCUUGAAGGUGCUCUCAAAACGCACAUUAAGCCACUACGGUCACUACAAUUGACCCAAAAUCCUGGGUUGGGACGAAGCUCAUGAAUGCUUUUGAAAACGUACAAUAUCAGAUACCUUUCGUACCUUCCCUGAACACUGUACAGUACACACUUUUCUAACCUCUCCCAAUACGAGAGCUCUCUCAUAUCUUCAAUGUUCCUAGUAAAACACCUUUGGACCUGCUCGAGCUUUUGCAAACCUGCUGAACUCAUUGGAGGCCAAAUGAGAGAGGCAUAUUCAAGAUGCAGCUUAACAAUUGACUUGUACAGAGUUAGCAUCGUGAUACUAUCUCUGGACUUAAACGUGCGAUAUAUCCAACCACAUGUUUGGAAAGCCUUACCAACUUUCAACUGGAUAUGUUCAUCGAACUUUCCAUUAUCUUGGAGGACUACACCUAAAUCCUUCAUGGAUGAGACCUGCUCAAUGUCCUUACCUUCAUCAUCUAAUAGUGGAGUGUCUAAUGGCGUCGACCCAAAGGUCAUUGAGCGGAAUUUCAUUCCAUUCAAGGCCAUGUUACUCGCAGCAACCCAGGAAUAAAUUUGGUCUAGGACCUUUACCAGACAACCGGAAUCCUGACCAUUCCUAUCAACUGCCAAUUUGGUAUCAUGAUGUUCUUUCGUGGGGGGCUUGGAACAACAAGGCGAUUGCCAGCAAAUAUGAGGCCGGAGUUGACGUGAAGUGAAGCAAGAAGUCCCUGAUACGAGGAGAGAUUAUUUGGCAAGGGACCUCUUGAGAUGACGAUAUGGCGAAGUGCUAUACGUGUGUUCAUCAUUGAUAGCGCCAAGAUGGCUGUCAAAUUCGGGUCAAUGAUUUUCAUACUGCGAAUGACGAUUUCAGAGGCUUCAUCAGCGGGGAAAAGGGGAGUCCGGCAGAGAGCGUCGGCAAUUUGACGUUCCUUGCCUGCAGACCAUCGUCAUUCGAAAGAAUAUAGCAUGAGGUGCUCUCGUAUUCGUUGUGGAUGGUCGUUUGCCAUAUUUGAAAGACAAGUGGUGAAGACGCCUAACAGAGGGCGAUGAUCAGUAUUAAAGAGGAAAUGGGAUAAACCUCGAAGAUGAUAGUCACAUUUCUCUCCUCAAGCUCAAUGGUCGCAUAGCUGCGUUGUGCCGAGGUUAAUGAACAGGACCCACACUGGAUAAGGCGUGGCUCACCAUUUGUGCCACAUUUGAGGAGGGCAUAACCAAGCCCGCCUAGGCGUGUGUCAUCUGUUAACAAUUCAACGGACAGUGAAGGAUCAAAGGGGCGGACAAGAACGGGAGAGCACAAGAUGUUCUUAGCAUGGCGAAAUUCUUCCUCGUGAAUGGGGAGCCAAACAAAAGCAUUCGUCUUCUUGAGCAAGGAACGCGUUUCCGUUGUAAAUGUACAAAGUCGAGAAAAAAAAAGAACCUAAUUGAUUUGCUAGGCCAAGGAAUGAGCGUAAUUUUGAAACGGAGGUCGGUGACGGAAAUUGGCUUAGGAAGGCUUUGGAUCGGAUUUCAAUCCAUGCUGGUCGAGAAUGAAUCCGGCCGUUGAAGCUCUUGACUGACGGCCAUCUUUUUGAGGCUUAAUUUGAUGCCGGCAGAGCGGCUUCUCUCGAGGACCAUGGCAAGACGAGUGAGGAGAAUAUUGAACGUUGGUGCUUGCACACACAAGUCAUCCACAAUUUUCAAUAAACAGGGUAGGCCGGCUAAUGCCGCGUCUGUUCGGAUACAAAAUUCAUCAGAUGAUACGUGGAGGCCCAUCGGUGCUGCCGCAUAGCGCCACUUGCCUCUUGGUAGUGGAAACGUAGUUAGGAGGGAGCACCCGUCAUUAAGAGGGACCUAAAAGUACCAAUAUACUGCAUCUAAUUUGCAGAACCAUUUUGAUCCAUGUUGGAUUCGUUGGAUGAGGUCAUGUGCUGAGGAGAAGGGAUGAAUUGGUCGUUUGACAGCACGAUUGAGCUGUCGAUAAUCUGUUACGAGCCGCACUUUCUUGCCCCCUGGUUUCACAACGAAGUGUGCAGGAGAGCACCAUUUGGUCGGUACAUUACAGGGCACGAUUACACCGGCCCUGGCAAGUUCUUGGAUCAUUUUUUCUCCCUGUUUGGCCAUGUGGAGAGGUGUCAACUUUUCUGUUGUGACUUGGCAUGUUUUGACAUUGAUGAAACUAUCAAGCUCGAUCCUCAUCUUGGGGCCUUGAUUCCGCUGGAAGCAAUUCCAAGGUCUGAUUGGAGGACAUCUUCAAAGCGAUUGGUAAGUUCCUUAACCGUAGGGGUGACAUAAUCUGGCGUAAUUGUUGAGUUUUCAAGGUUAUUCACACAUAUGCGAAAGAUGCCUCCACGGGUCAAUAUUUUGUUGUCACGCUCAUAGUCCAACUCAGUUUCAAGGAACGGCUCCGGAAGCUUUGUUGUGUAAAUAUCAAGAAAUGGCCUAUUUGGGAAAGAAGCCGGGAUAACACCAAGGGCAAUCAAGUCCUUGCGGCCAAUGAGGGGUACGUCUACAAGGUUUGAUGACUUGAUUGGCUCAAUAGUGGUGCGGGGACCCAAGUUAGUAUGUAGGAAAAGUAUAAAUGAGCCGUCAUUCGAAACAGCUGUGCCUGUAGCCGUUGAGAGAGUUGUUUUGAACGUCGGACAGAAACUCCCAGGACAAGUGUCACGGGGAAUAUAGAGCAAUUGGCACCUGUGUCAGGGACGGCAAGAAUUUUGGAGAUACUAGAAGAGCCUCGAGCUGCCGGUGUGUUGCCAGAGCGACCGUCCUUGCGGGAGGCAGAGCGACAUACUCGCUGGAUAUGACCAACCUUGCGACGCUUGAAGCACUCCACAGCCUUUACAUAACAGUUUUUGUGCUGCCCGCGACCACAUCUGUGACAAAGAGGUGCGGUCACAACCCGUAUAGCGGAUGAUUUUGGAGAUGGAGAUCGACUGCACGAAUGUGGACAAACGCAUUGUAUAUUUGCCGAGGCUGUAGGCACUGCCUCGAACAGAUUUUGGGCAGUGCUCUCAAUGGAAGUAGCCUUGGUGAUGACGCUUUCAAUUGUUGGGUUUGGAGUUGUUGUUGUAGUUCAAAGAACAUCCUCUCAUUGUCCCGUGCUGAAUGCAUUAUGUUGAAAAGAUUCCAAUCAUCCACUGUCAUCUGUCCAAUUUCGGCCUCAACACUCCUUCUCCUGACAUGUGUGAUAUAAGUGGUCAUAAGCAUGCUUUUGAGUUUUGCCAUCUUGAACCACUGGAACCGGCGUUGGAAAAGUGGACAAAGUUUGCGGAAAUGAUUCUCCAAGGCAGUAGAGCAUGUUUCAAUGCCCACGUCCAAUUUGAUUUCCUGACAAAGGGGCGUAGGGAUGGCUGCCUCCAUGAACUUGAAGAAAAGAUGAUGUUUCUCGUGGAGUAUUUGUGACCAGGAACAGGUCGGGUUGAAAUUCCCACGCAGGCUGCGCGUAAGGCGGACUUGUGUUCAAGUUCGAGCUUCUUCAUCUCCCGAAUGCUAUGCUUGGAUUACUUCGACUGUUGUAUAAAACGAAAACACCGUUCACACACAUGAGCUUUAUUUAACUGUGGUUCACGAGACAUGGAAAGGAAAUUGGAGAGCAAAGUAUAGGAGAUGCUCCCGGUUUGGAUCAGAUCAUCCCAGCUUUAUACGGAGGUUUUGAGCAGAUGGAUAAGUUUGUCCAUUAUGUCGUAACCAUUGAGGAAUUGAGUCUGGAAGCGUGUUGGAUCGCCUGCAUCUUCACACCUUAUUGUCAUUUUAUCAAAGUUGAAGGAACGGAGUGUGGGCUUGGAAGUCUCGAGCCCAAGAUUUCAGCCAAUGCCACCAUGAGUGAUGGCGAUGGGUUUAUCUAUAUCCGCAAAGAUGAAGUGGCUCUCAUGAAUAUCUCCAAUUACGACAAGGAGACCAGCCUCUCCUCAACUUGGAGUCAGUUUUCGUUUAAGUCUUUUAAGAAUGUGACCUCCAUACAAAUGUGCUCGGUUAUUUGUGCUCUCAUUGACUUUGGAAAACCAUGCAUGUUUUUCUCCUUAAUCGGCGAAAACUGUAGACUUGGAGCUUGGGAACAUGUAACAGGGUGGAACAUCAACCCUCCAGUGCACACCAAUGUCUAUUUAUCCCAAGCAUACGAUUCUCAUUUGAUGUUUGAGGUUGUUGAAACGAUCCCGGAUUGGAAAAACAAGAUUUUUCUAAAAAGAGAAGAGGUCAAAUCAGUGACAGAAUGUGAACUGAUUUGCGUGUUGUCGCCUCGGGGUUGCUCCUUAUACAGCUUGGAUGGCUCCAAUUGUUACUUGGGCGAUUGGAAUGUGGACACUUCAGACGUGCUUCUUCAGACACCCUCGUCAGCUCUUUUUGGCUAUGAAGAGGUGGCCUACACCCUCAAUACGAGACCUGUCAAUGCUACUGAUAUUCCAUUCACCCUUGGACAUGAGGUCGCGUUGAGGGAUCAAAAGGCGUGUGUAAACACAGGUCUGCCAAAUACGUGGAAUCAGACCGAAAACCGCGGACAAGUGACGGCUUUUUCGCAUCCAAUCCUGCUCACUUGCGGAGGACUCGAGUUUGAUGACGUGCGGUGUUACAAGCUCGAUGUGACAGCUCAAGAACGGGCAUGGGAACCCGCAGCGGAGCUUCCAAUGACUAUGGAAGGCUUUGCCAUGCCCGUGACUGAAGACGGAGACAUCUACUUGUUUGGGGGUUGUGACAAGGAUGGUAGCAAUUGCAACGCCAAGGUCUAUCGAUACAUCAAGAAUGCAACCGUGGGUUCCUGGUUGGAGGUGGUGGUGACCGAUCAAAACCUCCUGGAGAUCAAAGACAUGUGUGUCGUAGAGCAUGCUCAGACGUUCUACAUCAUGGGAGGAUGGUCGGACACGGCAAUUCCCUCGAGCAAUGUGUAUGCACUCGAUUAUGCAAACUCUAUGAUAAAAGAUGAACUCAGACUGCGGGGAAGUGUAACUCAAGGUUAUUGCGGCAAGAAAGAGGCGGCUGGUGACAAACCCGUAUCAAUUUUUCAUACAGGAGGCACUCACGAGGACGGUGUUCCACCCAUGAACAUUCAGUUUUUCGAAUUUGACGGCAAUGGCUCUCCAAGCGGAACCGGGACUCGAAUGAUAAGAGUAAUAACCAACAAAACAUACACUGGUGGUGUUGGAACCAACAGUGUGCUCACCUACAAAACAGGACUGGCUUAUUUCUUGCCUUUGUGGAUCAACGGAACGGAACAAUCGGGAACGUCGUACAAUGCUCUCUUCAACGUCAUAACCAACUCAAAAAAUCGCUUCGAUAUGCCAGAUAUCGCGUACGCCUCUGGACAGGCCAAGUUACCCACUCGUCUUCUCUGGACGUGUAUGCCUCAAACCAUGGAUUGGAUCCUGAUUUUAAACCACGAUAACACAAAAGGAAUUUCCCAAUGGUUUUCCAAGGGUCAGAACUUGGUUGGCAAUCCUGAUGAUCAGCUUUACUCCGCCAUGGAUCAAGUGGAUAGCUUUAAGUCUUGUACGGGAGAUUUUCAUUUUCGAAUGGUUUGGCCUGAGUUGGGGUAUUAUAAUGAAUGGUGGCAAAGCAGUGGUCCCUUAGCUACCAGCGGUGUCCAAGAUUAUCGAGGAAUUGCUGUAAGGUUUCCCGAGAAGUUUAUUGGCCUUCAGGCUCGUUCCGGUCCCGAAUCGCAAAUGAUAGGUGGUGACCCUGCAGAUGGCCUAUGGUCCGCCCUCGGAGCAACGCAACCCACAAAUGGCGACGCAAUGCCUGGGCCCAAGAACAACUUGGGCAAUGGAAUCAACGUCAAAUAUGUUCAACUAUUUGUGCUUAAGGAUUGCUAAAGCAAGAGCUAUUUUUUGUCUUUAACGAAAUUUCAAAACAGUGAAAAGUAUAUUGGCCGAAAUUUUGGCUUGAAAUCGAAAUAACAAGAACAACGGACUUAAUUUUUUCA